AUGUCCUCCCUCGAGGAUCUCUGCGUCGACUUCAUUUCUUCGCACUGUGAAUGGGUAGACUCUUGGGACGGCGUACCGGACUAUCUGUCCAAGAAGGUGUUUUUCAGAAUGGUUGACAAGGGAUGCGUCGACUUCACCGAGGACGCCUGCAUCAGAUUAAAACCAUUCCGCGACACUUAUGGCAUCCUAUUACAAAGUCGAGUGAACUUCUCUCAGCAAUCAGCGAUGUUCUUCUCGGAAAUACUCGAUAUCUACGAGCUGAUCGCGGACUACAUAGCUUUUUUGGAUCUAUCUAAAUGUAAACUGGGAUCGGGCCAUCCGGUUUUCGCCUCCCUCGUCUAUUUCCACAAUCUCCGUUGCCUCGUGAUGAGCGAAUGUGCUCUCAACGAUGACUCCCUCAGAAGGCUCACGCUGCCGAUCUCGAUGAGGGACACCGGCGCUAAAAACCUACUCAUGCUGGACAUUUCGAACAAUCCUCAGAUAACAUCGAGAAGCAUUCCCAAGAUCAAAGUGUUCCGCAAACUUAAGAAGCUCAACAUUCGCGGGACGCAGAUAGCGGCCGACAGUCUGGAUAUUGAAACGAUGCCAACCAUAGAAGUGCACAACAAUGGAUGGAUCUCUGAAAGCGGCCUCUGGGACCGAUGGAACAGCAUUCUGGAAGGUCCGAGGAGAAAGAAAAGACACUUUUGA